CGAUAUGUGUCGCUCGCUCUGUAUUUGACCUGCGCGAUCGGGACAGGCGGCGGGAAUCAGAACCAGCGAGAAUCAAUACGGACCGGGAGGCGACGAGUGCGGAGACUUUCCACCGAAGAUCAAGCUCGGGAAAAGGGCUAAGCGAACAGCGAAGCUGAAGGCAGCCGAGGCUCAACAUGUCGUGGAAAUGGAUCAAGAGCGUAGCGGGUCGCAGAGCACGAAACGAAAGGAUAGUAUGGCGACGACUGCCAACGCUCACGGGAGUGCAAGUGGAAGCGGAAGGACGAGCUUGAGGGAAGGAGACGAUGACAAGUGUCAGAAUUUGGGGUCCCAGUCGAGCGCCAAGAUUCACCGGUGGAGUAAAGCAGGAUCGGAUUCGGAGAUGAUGGACGCAGGGUCUUCCAUCCAUGAAUGGGACCCAGACGGUCUCGAAGAGGAGGUCAUGAACAGUGAAGAAGCUCCUGCGGCGCCGGGUCUUACCCUCUUCUCGCCUGACGAUUUUGCCGAGAUGAUCAAUGCGGCCAAGAGGAAGAAACGUGAUGGAAAGGCGAAGAAGGGGAAGGCAAUGGAUGAAGUUGCAGUUGGAAAAGCUGAAACACGAGAUGACCUUCUUACUGAAAAUGCAUCGAGGAAGGGCAAGGAGAAGAAUUUCACGCAAGGCAAAGAUCUGCAAGCGAAGCCAAACUCAGAGUCACACCUCGCAUCGCAGAAGGCUCGCCAGCGAAAUCGAGGGAUCUUUCGGAGAGCUCUUGGCUUGAGAGCUACGUUUCAGAUGUGCGACAAAUUGCCUCAGGCGGUAGGCAAUAUCAAUCGCCUGACUUUGGAGGGGGUACGACCCAUCAAAGCUCGCCUCGACCUCAAUACCGUCUAUAUCGAGAAGGUCGACAAGGUCAUGAGGGAGUUCAAGAGUGCUCAGCUGCGAGCCUCCGUCGAAAAGGAGGAAUCCCAUGAGGCGCAGCUCGAGAGGACUUACGGUAUGUUGAGUCGCGUGCCCGUCGACUUGGCCUAUAUCUGGGUGAUGCUCCACAACAAGAGCACUGCCGGGUCGAGCGAGGGCGAAAUGACUAAAGAACAACAAAGCGUUUUGCACGAGUUGAUGGAAGCUUUAGCUGCUUUGUAGUUUGCACUUGCUGCAAUGGAGUGGACCGAACGUCUUGUUUCGUCUUGAGCUUGCAUAAGAUCGCUAUGUCAGUAUUUCGUG